GCUGGUGGUUAAUACCGUUGAAGAGAGUUUUUCACAAAGACAUAAUCCCCCCAAAAAGGCAGCCCACUCAAAAUGAAAGUGUACUGGAAUUUCUUGGCUGCGGCGAUGGUGUUGGUAACGGUCACUUCUGGCCUGCGACCCCCGAGAUCUUACUACCGGCGAAGCUACUUCAGUUCGGUGUCUCCGGGAUCGGGACAUGGAUCAUCGGGUUCUCUGCCAGGACCCGUGAGACUUGGACCUGCUGGCUAUCUGCGCGCCGAUCUGCAGACAAACGAGAGCAAGCACCGGCCCUUGAGCAAGAAGUAUCCCAAGAAGACCCACUACAGACCUUAUGGAUCGCAAGAGGAGGAGGACUAUUCCGGUGAGCGUUACAAUUCGGCCGAAUAUUCCGGGGAAUCCUCCGUGCAGGACAGUCGGGAAUACACCAUUGGCACCCAGAUCCGCGUCCAGCAUCCGAUAACGGUGCCCAAGAAGAGCAGCAGUUCCGGUUACCAGAAGCAGCCGAAAUAUGUGACAGCCAUUCCCUACAAGGCCUCUGGCUAUGGAUCCGAUAUUCAUAAGGGCACCGGCUAUGGAUCCGAUGUUCAUAUUGGUUCCGGUGAGGAUGUGGGACCUCCGCCCAAAAGAUCAAAGUGGAAUCCAGUGCAAUACGAUGCGGAGGCCGAUCCCUUUCAUCUGGUGCCUCCGCCAAAGGCAACCGUCGCCUCCAGCAGCAACUCAUAUAGUGUGUACGAACCCGAACACGAUGACUACGAAGUGGUUCCAUUGCCGCGACCCAAGACCCAUGAUCGCUACAAGAAUGUGGCCUCCAAGAAGCAAAUAGAGGCUUAUCUGGAGGAUCAGCAAAAACUCCUCGACGAGGCCAUCAAAGUCCAGCUGCUGAACAAUCCCAAGCUGCAAAAGUUCCUGAAAGCCCAGGCUCAGGAACAGGAGCGGGAAUCCCGGCCAGAUCUCGAGAUCGAGGACUUUGAGGCCUAUCCCCCGAAUUUUGGUGGCCCCGGGCAUCUGCGCAGUAAAUAUAUCGACCACCCACCACCACCUCCGCCCAAGGGAUCGCGUUCGAGGCGACGUCCUCCAAGCGGAGAUCUCAAUCGACCACCCAAGACCAUCCUCAAGCCCAAGCGAAAGUACCGGUCCACAGCACUGGUCAUCAAUGUAUAA